CUCUAGAUGGAGAGUGGUUGCUUUUUGUGAAAAAGCAAUGGGCAUGUACAGAGCAGUGGGGCUGUAAGCAGAAGGUGGUGCAGGCAAGGUAUGUGGGGAGAACCUGGGGCUAGAAAAAAUCAAAUGUUUCAGGGAGGAGUGAGUGGCAGUGAGAGCAAGUAUGGGGAGCCCAGAGUGAGUCAGGAGAUUAGGUGGCAAGGAGCACAAGGAGAACAGAGGUAGUCUUGAAGGUCAGCACUGAAAGACGCCACGCUUUGUCUUCAUCCAUGCUACAGCUGCAGUAACUAGACCCACUGACCACAGCCAUCUUUCCUUCUUCAAGCAAUCCACCUGUCAGCCAGGGUUUGCUCCAUCCCUAUGCUGGGGCACUCUGCCUGCCCACAUGCUACAUUUUGCUUCUCCCUCCAGUGGGACCAAGGAAGGUAACUAAGAAAUACAACAGUUGCUGAGCAACUCCCUGUUCCCUGAGGACAAUGUAACCUAUCUGCACCAGUUUCCUGGGCUGGCCUUCUCUGCACAGCUGGAGAUGCUCCUAAUGUGACUUUUUCCAGGAUCCUCCCUGUAGAGCCUGCAGAUCUUCACCCCUGCAAGCCUCCGAAGCUUCCAUUGGAAAAAAACACAGUUGUACGGGGUGCGCUAACCCUUUGUGCAGGACGGUGCAGAACAAAGGUCGAGCUGAAGGGACAUGGCAUCAGAUUAUUGAUCUCUGAGGAGACCUUGAGCUUCGGUAAAAAGAUAUCCUCCCUCUCUUUCCCCACAUGUGUGUGAGCCAGCUUGCGUAGGGGGUGUGGGCCUGACCUCACAGGCUGCAGCAGAUUUCAGAGAUGCCCCUGAUGGAGGCUGAGGAACAGGAGGAAGAUGCCAACUCCCUCUCAAAGGAUGAAUCUGAGACAAACUCAUGUGACUGCCUCCGCUAUGUGCCCCUCUGCAUAGCCUUUCUAUUGCUGGCCGGAACUGCCAUAGCAACCUGGUAUUUCCUAGACUACAGACCACGGCAUCCAGAACCGGCCAUCCUGCAGCUUUACUCUGGCAGCCUCCAGGUCCUCAAUCGCCAGUACUCCCCAGACCUCGGGCGGUCAGAGUCCAGAGCCUUCUGGACAGAGUCGGCUAAGCUUCAAAAGAUGCUGAAGGAACUGAUUCGUGCCACAGAGCUGGGACGAUAUUACAACUCGAGCACAGUCUAUGCCUUUGGGGAGGAGGCUCUGACCUUCUUCUUCUGGUUUGCCCUCCAAAUCCCUGAGAAUCAGCAAAAGGAGAUGACUGCUGAGAGGGUAAAUGAAAUGCUCCACCAAGAGCUCACCACUCAUUUCAACAGCUCAGGCAGCCUGUCCUACCAGGCAGAGUACAAGGUCAACCCCGACUCCCUGGUUCUGCUGGAAUCCAGUGUGAAAGACAUAGUAGUCCUGAAAUCCACUCUGGGUUGCUAUAGAUAUAGCUAUCUCCAGGAAGAUGACGUCUUAAGGCUAGAGGGCCCUGACUACCUGGCCUCCAGUUGUCUUUGGCAUCUCCAUGUCCUGAAGGGCUACAUGAUCAAGUUACGCCUGGAGUGGACUCUCCCAGAGUGCAGGGAUCGCCUGGCUAUGUACGAUGCAGCGGGGCCUCUGGAGAACCACCUCAUCACCUCGAUCUAUGGCUGCAGCCGGCAGGAGCCCAUUGUGGAAGUCCUUUCAUCAGACUCUGUGAUGUCCGUUGUGUGGAAGAAAGCCAUGUACAGCUACUAUGACCCCUUCAUACUCUCCGCACAGGCUGUGCCCCUCAAAGCCUGCAAAGUGAAUAUAACCCUACGGGAAGGCCUGGAGCUGCAGGGGAAGAUUGGCACACCACACUACCCGAGUUACUACUCACCCAACACGCAGUGCACGUGGCACUUGACGGUCCCAUCUCUUGACUAUGGGGUCAUCCUGUUGUUUGACGCCUAUGCACUCAGCAGACAGAAGCAUGACCUGCCCUGUACCCAAGGCCAGUGGAUAAUUCAAAACAGAAGGUUGUGUGGUCUGCGGAUCCUGCAAGCCUAUGCCGAGCGGAUUCCUGUCACGUCCUCUGCUGACAUCACCAUCACCUUCACCUCACAGAUCUCUUUAACUGGCCCUGGUGUACAGGCUGCCUACAGCCUGUACAACCAAUCAGACCCCUGUCCUGAGGAGUUCCUGUGUUCUGUGAACGGCUUGUGUGUCCCAGCCUGUGACGGGAUCAAAGAUUGCCCCAAUGGGCUGGAUGAGAGAAACUGUGUGUGCUCCGCAAAGUUCCAGUGCCGGGAGGACAGCACUUGCAUCGAGUUCAGCAAGGUCUGCAAUCAGCAACUGGACUGUGUCAAUGGGAGCGAUGAAGAGCAGUGCAGUGAAGGAGUUCCCUGUGGGCCUUUCACCUAUCGCUGUGAAGAUGGAACGUGUGUGAAGAAACCCAACCCUCUGUGUGACACCACUGUGGACUGCCAGGACCUGUCCGACGAGAAGCACUGUGACUGUGGGCUGCAAGCCCCUCUCAGCAGGAUCGUGGGUGGUGCUGAUUCUGCGGAAGGCGAAUGGCCAUGGCAAGCCAGCCUGCAAGUUCGGGGACGCCACAUUUGUGGGGGAACACUCAUUGCUGACCGCUGGGUAGUCUCAGCUGCACACUGCUUCCAGGAUGAAAGAUUGGCUUCCCCCUCUGUCUGGACUGUUUACUUGGGCAAGUAUUUGCAAAAUGCCACCAGUCAAACAGAGGUGUCCUUCAAGGUGAGCCGCCUGUUCCUCCACCCUUAUUACGAAGAGGAUAGCCAUGAUUAUGAUGUGGCCCUGCUCCAGCUGGACCAUCCCGUGAUCAGCUCGCCCUUCAUCCAGCCCAUCUGCUUGCCUGCCCCCUCCCACCUCUUUGAACCUGGCCUUCACUGCUGGAUCACUGGCUGGGGAGCCAUCAAGGAGGGUGGCCGCAUCAGCAACAUCCUGCAGAAGGUAGAUGUGCAGCUCAUCCAGCAGGACAUCUGCAGUGAGGCCUAUCACUACAUGAUUUCUCCCAGGAUGCUCUGUGCUGGAUACCACAAGGGCAAGAAAGAUGCCUGCCAGGGUGAUUCUGGAGGUCCACUAGCCUGCAAGGAGCCCAGUGGCAAGUGGUUUUUGGCUGGUUUGGUGAGCUGGGGCAUGGGAUGUGCACGUCCAAAUUACUACGGAGUAUACACCAGGAUCACCCAAGUGCUGGGCUGGAUGAACCAAACCAUGAGCUGAGAAAAGUCCCUCUCUUCCUUCCCCCACCAGACCUAUGCUCACAUGGCACUUGUUCCUGACCUUGCUCACUUCUCUCUCAGAGCGAGAGAGAGGUUCUGUGUGGGAUGUUGUCAGACCUGGGAUGCUCUUCUGAGCAGGGUAGAAGAAAGUCUGCAGAGGAGAUGGUGCAGGGAAGCAGGCAGACCCUCUUCCCCCUCAGUGCUUCCCAGGGAGCAUCCCAAGGUGUUUUUAGGCCAGCCGUCCAAAACAGUUGGAGGGAGGGGGGAACAGCAAAGGUCCCAAGCUGAUGGCUUCUGAGUAGAGGAAUAAGGGGAGAUGAACUUUCCACGAACCACGUGAUUCAGCCACAAUCCCAUGCUGGAAAAUUUGCUGAAAGAAAAUGUGACUGAUGUAGUUAGAGAUUCCAGUAACUGUGAAAUCAACCUGCUUCCCUCUUCCUGCCUGCCGCUCAUCCUUCUUCCCUCACCCCCUCCCACCACUCCUCCUCUUCCAUCUCCCUAAUUGCUUCUUUUCUUAGCUGGCAUGUGCUAUUCAGCUCAGCCAGACAACUUCUUCACGUCUCACUGACUCCAGCAUCAUACCCCCAGGCAUGUGUCCCUGCUUCCCUGUUGAAAUAACAUCCAGGUUCCACUGCUGCCAAUGGACUCCUUCAGGCAAAGCCCUAGCCCCUCAGUAAAAACAUUUGAGAAGCCUUCUAUCUACUCCCCUGUGCCCUACUAAAUACCUUUAACAUGAAGUAAUCUCAUCAGCUUCCAGAGCUCAGCUAACCCAAGAGGUGAGGGAGAAGGCUAAGGGCACAGUGCUUUAGAUAGUGACUGCUGUGGGUUUAGGUUUUUUACUAAAGAUACACACAUACACACAUGUAUAUAUAAAAUGAGCCACUCUCUGGAAUUAGAAAUAAAAUUAAUUUUUUUUGGGC